AUGCUAGUCGGACCUACUUGUCAGUUGAUGUCGAUAUUUAUCGGCGCAGUGCAGGUAUGUUUCAUGCCAGCGCCCGUGGGGCAGUGUCAAGACUGUUGUCCGAGAAAUGACCGCAUUGACAUCAAGUAUAAGCUUUUUACAAGACCAUUUCUGAGUACAUUCGAAAUAAUCAGAUAUAAUAAUGACUUGAGGUCAUUGACUCGAAGCAGGUUUAAUACCUCUCAUCCAACUGUCAUUUAUCUCUUUGGUUUUUCCGAAGCUUCCACUGGCAUCAGCACGUUAACUUUGAAGAAUGCUUAUUUGAGUACAGGAGAAUACAACUUUGUAAGCGUUGACUGGUCGCGGCUUGUUGCAUUUCCUUGGUACGUAUCAGCAGUGCAAAAUACUCGUUACAUGGGUAAACGACUGGCUGAUUUUAUACAAUUCCUGAAUUCAGCGGGGGUGCCCGCGGGCUCUUUGCAUGUUAUUGGAUUUUCUUUGGGCGCUGAAGCUGCUGGCUUCACAGGCAAGGAGCUUAAGAGAAGAGGUUUACUUUUAGGAAGGAUAACAGGUCUAGAUCCAGCAUAUCCGGGUUACAGUUUAUACGACAGUGGAGGACACCUAAGCAAUGGUGACGCUGCAUUUGUAGACGUCAUACAUACAAAUCCUGGCGUAUUUGGCUUCCCUCAGCCAAUUGGUGAUGUAGACUUUUACCCUAAUCACGGGGAAUGGAUUCAACCUGGAUGCUGGAUUGAUCAGCUGCUUAGGAAUCGACAAACAAAUUUUGUAUAUGGCUGUAGUCACAAUCGAGCAUGGAGACUAUAUGCCGAAUCAGUACAAAACCCGACUGGAUUUCCAAGUACGGCGUGUCGAGAUUGGAGGAGCACCUCAUCUCCUUGUGUCUUCAGUAUUGACGGAUACAUGGGAUUAGGCGCCCAACCAUCUUCGCAUGGGAAACUAUACUUGGCAACGAAUGAUCGACCUCCUUUUGCGAGAAAUGGCCAAUAG